CUGUGGUGAGUGUGUAACACAUGUACGAUAGGCCUACUUCGUAUCGUCUCGAACUGCAGACAGGUAAACGGCAGAGAAACAGGUAGAAAUAAUAAGUAAGACGUUGUUCAGUAGACAUGGAGAAUGUUAUGAUGCCAAGAGAUGCUUCAAGGCUGAUAGCAGAGACCAGCAAAGAUGUCACAAUCAAUGACCAUGGAGUACAGAAACUGGCUAAACUGAUGUAUGAGUGUGUUAAGACUAAGACAUACACUAUUGCUAACUGGAAAAGUAGCCAUGAACUAAACCCACAGAAGAUGACUAAAGCACAGGUCGAUUGGGUGUUUGUGGCAGACACCUUGAAUUUCUCAUUCUGGUCGAUGGAGGACACUAAGUUCAAGGUCACGUACAAGGACACUGAGUACUCUGGUUACUGGUCAUGGGUGGCAGCUCUCAACCGUGCCCUGGACAAUGGCAUCCCACUGACCGACCCUAGCUACUACGCCAGCAUCAGUAAGGAGGAACUGAGUAACAUAUUCAAGUCGGACACAGUCUUUGAUAUGCCACUCUUAGAGGAUCGACUGCAGGUCCUACAGGAAGCAGGCAAAGUCUUACUCAAGAAAUAUGAUGGGAGUUUUGUAAACUGUAUAGAGAAAUGUGACAAGAGUGCCCAGGCCUUGAUGAAGCUGGUGGUGACAGAUUUCCCAUCCUACAGGGAUGAGGCAGAGUACAACGGCAAGCAAGUUGCAUUUUACAAGAGAGUGCAGAUUCUGAUUGCGGACAUUUGGGCUUGUUUUGAGGGGGAAAGUUAUGGAGAGUUUCAUGACAUUGACAGCAUUACCAUGUUUGCAGAUUACAGGAUCCCCCAAGCCUUGGUCUAUUUCGAUGCUAUGGAAUAUUCGAAGGAACUUACAGAUUAUAUGAAAGCAAACAAGAUGAUGAAGACUGGCGACCGGUAUGAGAUGGAAAUCAGGGGCUGCAGUAUCUGGGCCACUGAGUUAGUCUGUGAAGAAGCUAAGAAGUUGUUGAAGGAAGACGCUGAGACUCAAGAUGCUCACAUCAAUUCAAUCAUCAUUGACCAUUACCUGUGGGAUUACAGGCGAGACCACGCUGACGACCCCAAAAUGGCCAACAUUCCAUUCCACAAAAUACGCUGCAUAUAUUACUGAACCAUCAUACAUUGUACUGUCAACCAUCUUUGUCUACAGGAUGAAGGUCGGGAUGAGUGUUUGGGAUGAGUGUUCGGGAUGGGUGUUCGGGGGAUGGGUGUUCAGGAUGAGUGUUCGGGGGAUGAGUGUUCGGGAUGAGUGUUCGGGGGAUGGGUAUUCGGCGGAUGAGUGUUUGGGAUGAGUGUUUGGGAUGAGUGUUCGGGAUGAGCGUUUGGGGGAUGGGUGUUCUGGAUGAGUGUUCGGGAUGAGUGUUCGAGAUGGGUGUUCAGGGGAUGAGUGUUUGGGAUGAGUGUUCGGGAUGGGAGUUCAGGAGGGAUGAGUGUUCAGGAUGGGUGUUCGGGAUACUCUAGUUGGGUAAUUAGGUGCUCUUAGUAAUCAUAUCAUAGAUAUAUAUUGUAAUGUACUACCUCCUUAAUUGUUUUCUUGUUAUGAUUCUUGUUAUGAUUCUUGUCAUGAUUCUUGUUAUGAUUCUUGUUAUGAUUAAUAUGUGGUCCAGUAUAUCUGUUUUUAUCUUUCUCUAGCAGUUAUUGUUUACAUUAUAUAUAUCUGUCAAGUAUGCUUCUUCCUUUUAAAGGAAAAAGUUCUUACUUUAGAGCACUUUUAUAAUUUUAACACUUUUGUAUCUAAAAACCUAUUCAGAGAUAACCAAGUUAUCAGUAGAGUGUGACAUUAUAUCACCCCUUCAAAUGAAAAUCAGACAGUUUAGGUUUGAAAUACUUUUUCUUUUGGUUCUGGAUCUUGAUAAGCUAUUGUUGAUGCCAUUACUUUGUGGUUGUUAAUGAUUCUUAAAAAUUUUCCAAAAACAUCAACAUCACCAACAGAUAAUAAUAAAACUUUUAUAAGAUAUAUACAUGUAUAUAUAUCUAUGCUAUGAAAAGGUAGUGUGCUUGACUUAAGUGUACAGUUGGUUCUUGUUAACAGUCUAUUCCUUCCAAAAAUUAUAUAAUCAAUUAGCAAACACAAUGUUUAAGUAUAACUGGCUUCCAUUUUAGAAUAUUCAACUCAAGCAAAACUUGAAUUCUAAUGAUAUAAAAAAGAAGGGAAAACAAAAUGAUUUUUCCCAGAUGUCUCAAACAGCUUUUAGAUAUCUGGAUUAUUAUAUUUUCCUAAUUUGACAUACCUUGGUUAUGCAAUUCAUUUGUAAGGUGAAAUUAUUGUACAACAUUGUGUCAUUUCCAAAAGAAGCUGUUUUUAGCCCACCAUCAUCUGAUUGGAUAAACAACAUGGCCGACAG